GUGCCUUACCGACGAAAAUUGGCGGGGUGUGCUGUAGCGAUGUGUACUCGGCGGGGGGGAUUGAACCAAUAACAGGCCUGAUUGCAUUUUUGAGGACGCCCGCCGGUUUCGCUGCCGUCGGGCAGCGGCAUCGUGAUCGACGGUCUAUGGAGGUAGCUCGUAGGAUGGGUGGGGGUGGUUUCUACCCUUCGCUUGCUCAAUCACCAUGGCCAGCCUCAUCCCGGAAUAUCACGCGCAAGGAGCGAAGACAGAUACAAUCAUAGACGCUGGAUGUGCAGGUACUCAUUUCCUGAGGAAUUACGUAAUUAGGAUGUGCUUGGUGUGGGAGGCCCUGGACGAAGACGAGGAGGAGGAGGAGCAGGAGGAGGAGGAGGAGGAGGAGGAGGAGUGGGAUCGGCAUGGAGCCAGAAAUUUUAUAUUGUGGGGGUUAGUUCCUCGGGAAAUCCAAGUCCCUUUUGCUGCCAGAGCAGCGUGAAUGGAGCGUCCAGGGAUGCAGCAGAAGGCAGAGAGAGGGACAACUCCUGGCACAGGAGGAGAGUGGGGUGGAGGGGCAGAGAGGAGUUUUGAGAAGAGUUGUUGUCGAACACCGCAACGACACUCCAGUGGUGGUAGGGUAAAGAAAAGGGCCAUGGCCUCCCCGCCCACGCACUGCCACAGCAAUACUGCGGCACCCUCACAGCUAGCCGAAGCUGCUAGAGGAGGAGGAGGAGGAGGAGCGCAAAGAAGAGCAGUGGAAGCAGGAGGAGGAACUGAAAGACUUGCAGACGGGGGGGGGGAAAUUGGAGGUGGAGGGGGAGCAGGAGGAGGUGGAGCAGGUCAGAGGGAGGUUGUGGGGGGUUCGACGCAGGUGGUAGGAGGAGGAGUGCAAAGAAGAGCAGUGGAAGCAGGAGGAACUGAAAGACUUGCAGAUGGGGGGAGGAGAAUUGGAGGUGGUGGGGGAGCAGGAGGAGGAGGAGCAGGUCAGAGGGAGGUUGUGGGGGGUUCGACGCAGGUGGUAGGAACUGCAAGAUUGGGAGGAGUUGGUGGCUGGGGAGUAGCAGUGGGAGGAGGAGUGCACAGAAGAGCAGCGGAAGCAGGAGGAGGAACUGAAAGACUUGCAGAUGGGGGGAGGAGAAUUGGAGGUGGAGGGGGAGCAGGAGGAGGAGGAGCAGGUCAGAGGGAGGUUGUGGGGGGUUCGACGCAGGUGGUAGGAGCUGCAAGAUUGGGAGGAGUUGGUGGCUGGGGAGUAGCAGUGGGUGGCUGGGGAGGAGGACGAGGAGGACGAAUGGGAGGAAUAGGAGGGGUAGGUGAGAGAGAAGUAGGCUGUUCCAAGCAGACAGUUGGAGCUGCGGGGCAAGGAGCAGGAGUGGCAGUCGAAGGAGGAGCGGAUGUGCGGUCUAUAGUUCGUCCUGUGCCCGCUUCGUGUCAGUCGUCGACGUCUGUUGUAUCGAGGAUUAGACUGGGAAUGGGAAUGUUGCCGACAGUGUCGGUUUCUUCUGCGCAUGAUCAGGGAACUUUCACUGCCGUUGAUGGGAAGUAUCGUGGUGCGAAGGCAGAGAAAUCUGCUAAGAAUGGCCGAAGACCUUCUGAUGUACUAAGCUUCCCAAGCAUGGUCACCGGUGGUGAUGUUGGUUCCUUUUCACUCAAGGGUGUGGGACCAGGAAGAGGGACUGGGUCUGUGUCUGGAACAAGCGCCGGAGUAGUGGGUUGUCACUCACAGAGCAGUGGAGGAGUGAGAAUGCACGCAGCUCAUCUGCCGACGCCCCUUGUUCAACGCGUCAGGUGCUUCGGGGGAAAAUCUGAAGGUGGAAAAGAAGAAGAGGAGGAGGAGGAGGAGGCGGCGGCGGAGGAGGAAAAUAACGACGAGAUUGGUGCUGGCGAAGAUGAUGGUGAUGGUCAGAAGAGGAGGCACGAGGAGUCGAAAAUGGUUGUUGUUUCAUCCGGCUAUGGAGGGAAGUUUCCAGGACCACCAUUGCUCCUAACCACCACCACAAAAGGAGAUUCCUCUCUUCUUCAGGGUGUGAAAUGGGGAAGAGGGGUUGGUUUGCUGUCUGGGAAAGCGCAGCGUGGCCGGCAUAGUGCUCCUCAGAGGAGAAGAGAAGGAGGAGGGGUGAGAACAGUUCUUUCGCAAUGCCCAACAGGGCGCUGCGAGGGUAUGGGAAACCGCGAACAGGGUGGUAAUGGCCAUGACAUUGUGCUUGAUGAGGAUGAUGGUGGCAAUGAUGAUGGUGUUGAUAAUGAUGCUGUUAAUGAUGAAGGGGAUGGUGAUGAAGUGGGGAAAGAUGAGAGUAAAAGGCAGGAGACGACAGCUGGGACCACAAAUCGACCUCGCUCAAAGCAAAGGUCAUUAAGGAACUUCCUGUGGGACGGGCCAGAGGGCAGCUGCAGGGGAGCAAGAAUGCGGAGCUCGAGAGUGCGACAUAAAGUGCGCAAGAUAUUGCCACGUGGCAUAUCUUCGCCAAGAUUUGAAGAACGGGGACAUGGGAAGCAGCAGGACAAGCAGACAACUUCACUGGAUCAUGGGAGGCAGCCGCUGCCAAUCUUCCAGGAGAUGGAUGGGGUGGGUGGGGAGCUUCCAAGGGAAGCAACGAUAGACGGACGAGGAGGAGGAGGAGGAGGGGGAAGGAUGGACCAUGGGAUCAUGUCGAGAAGUGCCAGCGUUGUAAAUACGAUGGCAGCGGCGCAGAAGGGUAAAGUGAGUGUGAAGGGGGUAGGAGCAAUAGAGGAAGAGGAGGGGGGGGGAGGGGUGGGUAUUCUGCAGAGAGCGAGGGGGUUGUGUGCCGACGAGGAGGAGGGGAGUCAUGGCAAGGAGGGUGGGAACCAAGCAAGUGAAGAAGUGAUGGCGUGGAGGACUGCGAAGAGGAGGAAGGUGCUGCGGCAUCCUGGCCUUUCGCCUUUGGGUGCAACGGAGAAGGGGAUGACGGUUGAUGGGUUUGUUGGACCAAAGCACAGGAAGUCCUCUGCAGGCAUCUUUGAGAGGAGUCCUGCUGUUGUUGCCGGAAAAGGAGAAAAAAGAGAGGGAGUUGGACGAUUGAAGCAGCAGCGGAGCUUAGUUGCGUCGCGUUCAGUUGGGAGCGCUGGGAGCAUGGACGGUCAAGGUCAUGAGCCUUGGCUUCAUCAUCCAGUCUUAUCUCGUAGUACUGUAGAUACAGCGACUUUUCAGGCGCCUUGCUUGGGGACUGGGUCUGUUCAGCGUAUCGCAGCAGUUAGGAAGGCAACGUUCACUUGUGCAGGUGGAGUGGAAUCUACAAGGAAGGAGGAAGGGAAGGGUCAGGGCUGUGGUUCGAGUCCAUAUCCUGCUGGAAGGAAAAUUGAUGGAUCAGCAAGUUGGAGGGGUGUCGUUGGGACGCAGAAGAGGAGAGCUCAUCCUGUGCACUGGCAGGCGACUUCGGUGGCGUGUUCUGAAGCCUCAGUCCAUAGUUCUGGCGCUGACACGGCUGCGAAGUCGGUGCCUGUUGAGAAAACACGGCCAGUGAUGAGGAUAUCCAUAGGACAGGCUUUUGCGCCCACUUUUAGAGCAAGUACAGGGUUUGCUGUCAAGAGGGAGUCGAAAGCACGCGCUGGCAGUGUGGGUGGCAAGGAUGGAGGGGUUGGAAGUAUGGGAGAAGGAUGUGCUGCAGGAGGAGGAUUAGUAGCAAGUGGGAAUGAGGAGAGAGGAGGUGGCGAAGGAGGAGGGGGAGGAGGAGGAGGAGGAAUGAGGAGAGAGAAGGUAAGACAUGGUGAAGGGGUUGUUACAGGGUGGGCUCCUGUGGCUAGGGAUCGGCAGGCCAGGGUUGCUGGGGAUGCAAUGAGACGGAGCAAACGGAAGAGGGUGCCCAGGCGCUUCCCUGAGUCCAUUUUAUAUCCGAUAUCGGAAAAUUACAGGACGACAGUAGUGGGUCGCCUUUCGGAAGAAGGAUGUGAGGGUUGGGGAGAGGACCAGCGCCCUCAUGUUCUUGAUGAGGCUGUCGAUGCCAAGUUUGCUGUUUCGGAAAGUAGCACGAUUCACAAUAGAAAGAACACUGCGAAUAUCACCUUUCAGGCUGACAGUCGUACCUUGCAAAACCAUGAGGGACAACUUUCCCGCACGGUUGUCCCCCAUGGUCUUUCUCCUGGAAAAGCAUGUGAGGAGCUUGGUGUUGAAGGAGGACGGGCUGCCGCUUGCCAUGUUGUGGAUGUCGCUGCUCGGGACACAACGGUUGCAUGGCAUGGAGGAGGAUCCUCGAACACACAUCAUCCAUGUGCAGGGCGGAGCGAAGUGGGCAAUCGCAACAAAGUGGCAGAAGUGAAAGUGGAGGCUCCUGCUUAUGGAAUGGGAGAGAAUCUUCCUCAGGGUAGCUGCACGCCUGUGAGCAUGCAUAAGCCUGGCUGUGUGAAGCGCCGGGGCCGGAGAAUGAUGAUGUCGUGGGGCUCAGACCGGGCAGCAAGGGUCAGCAAAACACGACCGGUUUGGGAAAUUGAUAAGGUUCCCUCCACCUUAGGUGGUGGACCAGUGGCUGUUGUUGAUGAAGUCCAUUCUGUUGGCGAAGGGGCAGCAGAUGCUGUCGACAAAGCUCGUUCUGUGGGCGGAGGGGAAGCUGCCACCAUCGAUAAAGUCUGUUCCGUUGGCAAAGGGGCAGCAGUCGCCAAUGAUAGGGUUCUUUCUGUCGGUGGAGGUGCAUCAGCUGCUCUUGACCUGAAAGAGAAACCUUUGCCGGGAGCAAGUACGACAACUUCAACAAGGCGGUUGUCUGCUGGCACUGCGUCUACUCGAAGGAAAUCACAACAUAUUGACAAUCUGCUGUUUGGCAGUGGGAAGCGGUCUAGUUGGAAGUCAUUUUAUAAUCCUUCUCGGGAAGAGCCAGGUGUGAUCGAUCGUUGGCACAAGGAAGAAGAGGGAGAAAAUGCAUUAGGGGGAGGGAUGCCUUGUUCCUCCUCGGGUGUGGACAAUGUGACAUCUCGGGGUCACCUUCACAGUCACUUGGACGGUCCCGGCAUCUCAAUGGAGGGAAACACAAGUAAAACGACGGCUGCUGAGAACCAGCCUCAUCAGCCCAGGAAGUGGGAGAGUAAGUGCUACGGGCGACAUGAUAAACAUGACGUUGCAGCGGACCCCUAUAUUGUUGUUGCGCAGAUGCAUGAGGCUGUUGGUGGUGGGAGUGCCGCGGCGAGGGCUGGCAAUGAGAAGAUGGCCGAGAUGCAACAAUUCAAUUACAGCCCUUUGAAAAACCGCCCGUCAUGCGUUGCUGAGCCCACCAGGAGGAGCAGCCGUAAGCCUGUUCCCAACUCUAUAUUUGAUGGUGUUUUUGAACUCAUACCCUAUAUAAGUCGGAAGUCAUUUGUGGCCUCUUCUUUAGAGAAACCCUCUGCCCAGGGAAUUUUGAAGGGAUGGUGCGACUGGGGUGCUGGUGCUGAGGCAAACAUGAGCUGUAUAGAAGGGAAGGGGAAGUGUGACACAACUGCCAGCUCCGGGUUUGAGAAUAGGACACACGAUGAAAAAGAUCAUGACGGCGAGAGUGAGAACAAGAGGGAAAUGCCACAGAGCGGGAAUAUGGCAGAAGGAGGCACGUGGUCCUCGUCAAGGCUUGAUGUGGCAUUGCCACCAAGGGUGCAGCUCUCCCACUCCACUGGAGGAAAAGACAGCCGCGGUGAAGUGUUGCAUUGUUCAUCUGCGGUUCUUGGUCAAGGAGGAGGUGCACUGUGGAAAGAUGGCAGACGUCAACGUAAUGACAACGUUGACGUUUUUGUCUCUGCCGAAGGAAGAGAUGUGCCUGUGGCCUGUGUUUCACGCCCGGAAGAUGCAAAUGAUGAUGACGAACAGGUACGAAAUUGGCCGCCGGAUCCUGAUGUACAGGCUGUGGAUGGUGCCCCUGGGAAGGAGGACUUUUUAUCUGUUGCCCAGGGGAUGACAGGGGACAGUGGGAGGAGUUUCAGUCCAGCUCCUGUGGCCAAAAGGGAAGAGUUGGUGGUUGAGCACCAAGGAGGGCAAGGUGAAGGAAUCUGUCUGGAGCAGGUGGCAGGGAAUGGAGGGGCUGCAGCUCCGGCGGAGUAUGAUGGUGAGAAGAAGAAGGUGACACCGGCGGGGACUCUAGUGGUCAGGGGGUCCGUGAAUGUGCUCAGUCGACCUGCGGAGGACACUGGGCAUAAACCAGACAAAGGGAAAAGACAGCACGUGCUCUAUGCAGGGCAAUGCGGCAAAUGCGGAAAGAUGUGCAAGAUGGGGAAGUGUGUGGAGUGCAAGAUCUGCGGAAGACUCGAGCAUAUCCAUUGCACUGAGAAGCCGGCGUUCUGUGCAUGCCCUCUGGAAGGGUGGACGUGCAAUUCAUGCCGUUGCUGCCAUAGCUGUGGUGUGAACAUUAUUGAGAAUGGCGGAUACAAGCAUUCGGCACGGAGCUUUACAUUGUGCAGGAAGUGCUCUGCUUUGUAUCUGCGGGACUGGUACUGUACGGGGUGUGAGAAGGCGAGUCUUCAGAGUCUGCAGGCACUAAGGAAACAAUGAGAGCGUCCCUGCUACCGCCAUACUCAUUUCUCACCAAACAAUCUCAGAGGAAAUUGAUUAAGCAAGCUCACCGAC